AUGGAAUCUCCACAAGAAGAGAAUGUAUCAUUAGAUUUUGGCUCAACAAUCAAGGAAGAAGAGUAUCUUUUAUCUGUAUCCACUGGUGGUUUUUAUGAGGAAGGAUUUGACGACGACGACGAAGUGUUUUUAGAUGAUUCACAAAGUAUUGAUAUGGAAUCAUUAUCAGAAAGUCCAUCACGUGUUCGUAGAACUUCAGAUGUUAUUGACUGUGUUGGUGGAAAUGUGUCUCCAGCACAUAUUAAACGUCAUAGUUUCCCAUCAGCAUCUGGUGAAGUCUUAUACUCUGCUGCUACAUCACAGGCCACAAAAAUCACAGAGUUAAAUAAAUCUAGGCGCACUGAGCUUACCGUAGAGUCACUUGAUCAAGGGUAUAGUAGCCCUGGUGCACAGUCUUCUUCAGGCAGGUCUUUUAAAGGAACAUGGUUCAGGUUUAGUAACAGUAAUGACCCUGAUUCUGUUGAUGCACGACCACUUCAAAAACCAGAAGUACAACAAACAUCCAAUUCAAACAGCAAAUUAAGUCCUGGUUUUAAAAAAUCCGUCCUAGAAAUUGUAAUGCCUAUUACUAAAGAUGCUACAAUUUAUAAUAUGGAUCACGAAUAUCGAGGUACCGCUGUUAUCAUAAAUAACGAUAUUUUUGAUAGUCCUGACUUACCCGAACGGCAAGGUUCAUGGAAAGAUGUUGAAGAGUUGGAAAGAAUGUUCUAUCGUUUAGAUUUUAAUGUUAUGGUUUGGAAUAACUUGUACCACGAACAACUGACUGAUAAUUUGAACGAAUUGGCUAAUUCUGAUCAUUCUCAAAAUGAUUGUCUCGCUAUUGUUGUGUUGACACACGGAAUCAGUCAAUCAUUUAUUUAUGCCAGAGAUAAUCCAUACCCAGUUGAAUUCUUGUGGAAUUUGUUUACUGCUGAUAAGUGUCAUACACUAGCUGGAAAACCUAAACUAUUUUUUGUGCAGGCAUGUCGCGGAGAAAGGCUGGAUGCUGGUAUUACAAUGAGAAAAGAAAUAAAAACUGAAGUAGAUUCUUCUUCUGGCUCAUACAAAAUACCUAAACAUGCAGAUUUCUUGAUUACUUUCAGUACUUACGAUGGUUAUUAUUCAUUCAGGCAUCCCGAGAAUGGCACAUGGUUUAUUCAGAGUCUUUGUUCUGAAAUGAACAAACAUGAUCAUAGCAAGAGUGACUUGCUAGGAAUUAUGACUCGUGUGUCUAGACGAGUUGCCUUGGAUCAUGAAUCUUACAAUCCAGAGAAACCAUGGCUACACAGGCAAAAGCAGAUACCAACUAUUCACUCGAUGCUCAUUAGAGAUGUAUUUUUUAAGCCUAAAACUAAACCUCCAUCUGAACCAAUUGUAUUAAGAAAUCUCAGAAUCUGA